AUGCGCGAGAAGGCCGCCGAGCAGUCUGCACGUCUCUGUGCGGACGCCGAAGCAGAAACCACAGCAACUGAUGUCCCAUCGGUUGCUGAAGCGACCCAGCCUGUGUCACUUGGUGACGCAGGCGCUGGUCAUGAAGACACUCAUGUCUUCACAGAGUAUGAGCUCGGAGUCUCAUACUCUCCUGAUACGGAAGAAGGAUCCGUAUCGACGGUGAUCGAAUCCAAGCCGCCUGCCAAGCGUGGCAUGGAUGAUGCUACGCGUCGUAGUAUCUGUGUGGUGUCGGUUCUCCUAUUGACACCACUUCGCAACGAGGUGCCAGGUCUUCUGUCGGCACGUCGCAGGAGAGCGGGACCGCAAUGUCUUGCGUCUCGCUCCCGAGAAGAAGGCAUGGAUGCCUCCUAA